CAAUGUCUGAUGAUCAACUCAAAGCUCUUAUUUACAAGAAUAACCUAAAAAUUGAGCAACAUUAAAAUAAAAUGAUGAUUAGAUAUCCUCAGACUCCUUAAGUUCGUGAUUCUCAAUAAUUAGUAUUUAUAUAUAUUGAACUUAGUCUCAAUUGUUUGCUAAAUCUAAUAAUAAAAGUAGUAGUAUAGAUAAAAGUUAUUUCAGCUGUGUUCCAACUAGAAAAUCAACGAAACAAAGUUUUUUUGUUCCAAAAUCUGUAGCUACAUCUUAAUAUAUUGAUUCAUAAGCUUUUUAGGUUUAUCAAUCAGAGGAUAUUCAAAAUACUCACAUUUAAGAUUAUGUACAAUAGAUCCAACAUUCAUAGAUGAACAUUACUGACAAUACAGAUAACUCACCUAUAAAUUCUUCAAUUAUUAAUUAAUUAAAAAGGGAAAAAGAAAUCAUCUCAUAAUAACAUCAAUUAUUAAUAUCCUAAAUGUCAAGAGAAAUAGAAAAUAAUAAAAGACAAUAUCAGAUAUCUGAAUAAACAUUAUAACAGUAAAUAAUUCAAUUAUAAAAUGAAUUAAAUGCAUAUAAAUAGUAUAAAACAAAAAGUUUAGAUUUAGAAGAAAACCUACAAUAAAUUAUUAUAGAAAAUAAUGAACUUAAAUCUAAAUUGUAAGAACUAAAUAAAUGGCUAUUUGAAUUACAAGAAUAAUUUGAUUUAGUUCAUUCUAAAAUGAUUGAAAUUAAACAAAAAAUUUAAGACACUAAACAUUUCACUAAUUAAUUAUCUUAAAUAACGUAAUAUUUAUUAAAUAAACAAACUCCACCAUUAGAUUUUCUAGUCUUUAUGAAUAAUUAAUCUAAAUAAUUAUAGUAUGAACAACAACAAGAAAUAGAAUUCAGAAAUAGAAAAUAAUAAAUUAAACAACAACAUUUUCAAUCCAAUCCAUUUCCAAUAGCUAAAGAGUCUUUUGCUUAAAUUUAUUAAUUUUAGAUUGAAAACUCAUUGGUUCUAAAUUAAAUAGUCAAAGAUUUAAAAUAUAAUGUAGAUCGUUAUUCUUAAUAAUAUAUCGCUGAAGUGGGACUUCAUUUAAUAUGA